GCUAUAGCGGUAGGACUGUAGCAGCAGGGAAUGGUUGCUGAGGAAGCCGGCUGACUGAUGGUUAUUUAGGCAGCAAGAGUAGUACCAUUCCUCUGGCUCCCAGCUGCAUCCCUGAAAGGGUGGGUGUAUCUGUUGUGAGUGUGGAGGGCAGUGGGAGGCCGUUUCUCGCUGUUGUCAGAGCACUGCAAUUGUUCUCUCUCUCUCAACACCAGCUCGGCUGUUCAAGCUUGUUUAACAAAGCUGCUAGAUUCUCUCUUGCUUGUCUGUUUUCUGAGCUGCUAGGCCGGCGAGUGGAAGCAGGAUGACGGUUUUACUGCUGAUGCUACUCUGUUACUCUGGCUACCUGCGCUUCUCCCUGGGCCUGACCGAGCUCACCCCCUUUGCCAAGACUGAGGAUCGCCUCUUUAAGCAUCUCUUCAGGGAUUAUCAGAAGUGGGUUCGGCCUGUGGAGCACCUCAAUGGGACAGUGAAGGUCAAGUUUGGACUGGCAAUCUCCCAGCUUGUAGAUGUGGAUGAGAAAAACCAGCUGAUGACAACUAAUGUGUGGAUGAAACAGGUGUGGGUGGAUGUGAAGCUAAGAUGGAAUCCAGAUGACUAUCUGGGAAUAACGUCUAUCAGGGUCCCCUCGGACACAAUAUGGAUCCCAGACAUUGUUCUCUAUGACAAUGCCGAUGGAAGGUUUGAAGGAUCAGUCACCAAGACGGUGGUGAAGUACGACGGCACGAUUACGUGGAUCCCCCCGGCCAACUACAAGUCUUCGUGCACCAUCGAUGUCACCUUCUUUCCAUUUGACCUGCAGAACUGCUCCAUGAAAUUUGGCUCCUGGACCUAUGACGGCUCGCAAGUGGACAUCACACUGGAGGACUUCCAUGUGGACAUGCGGGACUAUUUCGACAAUGGGGAGUGGCAGAUUGUCACAGCCACUGGUAGCAGGGGAGUGAGGACUGAUGGCUGCUGUUUCUUCCCCUUUGUCAACUACUCCUUUGUCAUCCGCCGGCUCCCCCUAUUCUACACUCUGUUCCUUAUCAUCCCCUGCAUUGGGUUGUCCUUCCUGACCAUCCUGGUUUUCUACCUACCUUCCAAUGGCGGGGAGAAGAUCUCACUGUGCACCUCGGUUUUGGUGUCCCUCACUGUCUUCCUCCUGGUCAUUGAGGAGAUUAUACCCUCCUCCUCCAAGGUGAUCCCUCUGAUAGGGGAGUACCUGGUUUUCACCAUGAUCUUCGUCACCCUCUCCAUCGUGAUCACCGUCUUUGCCAUCAACAUCCACCAUCGCUCCUCCUCCACCCACCACGGUAUGGCUCCAUGGGUCCGGCGCAUCUUCUUACACCAGCUGCCCAAGCUCCUGUGCAUGCGCAGCCAUGUUGACCGAUAUGUCCCCCCUAAUGGCGGGAGCAAGGGAGCUGACACUACAUCUUCCAGGAACAGCCUGCAGGCGGCGCUGGAUUCUAUCCGCUACAUCACUCUGCACGUGGUGAAGGAGAACGAGGUCCGCGAGGUUGUUGAAGACUGGAAGUUUGUGGCUCAGGUGCUGGAUCGGGUUUUUCUGUGGACGUUUCUUCUGGUCUCAGUCUUGGGGUCUGUACUUCUGUUCAUCCCAGUCAUUUAUAAUUGGGCCAACAUUACUGUCCCAGCUUACGUGGGGAACACUGGCUGACCCCUUAUUAUGUGGAUACCACCUAUCAUCAGAGUGGACAUUACUGCAAGUGCUGAGUGACUUUUCACAGAAGGGAGUACAUUCCAAAAGACACUGAAAAGAGACAUCUUUCAAAACCACCAUUUUAUGAAAAGAGGAGACUUUUAUUCUACACUUCAUACAUUAUUAUUAACAACUGGAGACAAGCUUUGAAAGCUGGUUUGGUGAUAUCUCAGUGGAUAGUCUAAAAUUCAACUGAGCAAAAUUCAGAUUUUACUAUAAUUGCUAUUGCUGCUACAGUGGUUAAAAUCAACUGGAUUGUAAUCCUAAAAAUGAAACACAUUGCAGUGUAUAGAGGUAGGCAUGGGUAUGAAAUCUGGGUAUCCAUUCUGGUAAUGUUAUGUCAUCAUCUUGUCGUGUUAAAUUCAGGUUAUUAUCUUCAUUUUGUGCCUGGUGUCUGAAUUUCAUAUUUGCUGCACGUCUUUUCCCCUCAACAUAUUCCGUAUUGUUUUCAUAUUCUUUUAUUCACACAUCAUAGAGUAGGUAAAUCCAAUAGGGAAUAUGUUUUUUUCUCUAAACAUCGUAGUGUAUGCAGACAAUGCAGGUGCUCUGAUUAAAAUGAGUGGCACAGUGCAGGAACAGGAAACAAGCAUUGUUGUAGGAGGGACUGCGAUACACUACAAUCCCUAGAAAAAAAAAAGAUUCUCCUGGCAAACUCUCCUGAGUAAAUGUAUUGCCCAGUUCACUUAUGAUGUGUGAUUUAAAAUUUUAGUCAGCAAUACAGAUUGUUAUAAGUGCGAUAUGAACAAUAGGGGGCACAGCAAAGGUAAUGCAACUUGGGUAAUGUUUCUCAUAACCUUGCAAGGUGUUUGCAGACAAAAGUAUUGGCACCCUAAGCUUAUUAUACCACAAUUCAAGGUAACAGAUUAAGAACAAGCAUUUAGUCAAUUUUAACAGGUUUUUAAUAAAACAAAUAACAAAAUAAAUUUUCUGGUAAUAUAACAAAUACUCUUCAUUAAAAAUAAUAAUUCUUAACCAGUAUGUUAGACCUUAUAUUUCUUUUAGCUCAGGAUACACAAUGCUUGGCUACAGCUUUUUGCAGAUCAGUCCAAAGCAUUUCUAUUGGACUGAGAUCUGGUGAUUGCGAAGGCCAUUCCGGAACUUUUAUCUUCGUUUUCUUCAAGAAUACCAGGGUUGACUUAGCUGUAUGCUUUGGGUCAUUGUCGUGUUGGAAGAUGAACUGUCUGCCAAUCAUCCUCCGAGCAGAUGGUAUCAUUGUACUUUGAGGAAUGUUUUGAUACAAGGCUGCAUUCAUUCGAUCUUCAAUCACAGAAAUGUCUCCAGUCCCUGAACGCCAUGUUUAACUGUAAGUACAAGGUUUUCUUCAUUGAAGGUUUUCCCAUUUUUUCUGCAAACGUACUGUGGUCCAUUUUAGUCUCAUCAGUCCAGAGAAUUUUGUUAAAUGCCUUAGAUACCUGUUCAUAUUUCUUGGCAAAUUUUAGACAGUUUCUUCUUUGGACAUCUACUUCUUUCAAGAGUUUCAGUUGAAUCUGUUCUCUAGUCAUUUUCUUUGUUGUAGUUUGCUACGAGUGCUUUUCUCAAACAUGAACUUUCUCAAACAUGAACUCCUUUGUUUAGCAUUAUUACCAAAUAAUGCUAAACAUUAUUGCCAACAUGUUCGCCUUCAAAAGAUGUUGGAAAUAAUGACCACUUUUUCUGGCUGUUGACUUUAUAAUGCAGCUUAAUUACGUGUAAUGGUUUUCAAUCAAUUAAUAUAUAUUUUUAUUAAAGAAAUAUUUGAAAUUGCUAAACUGCUUUUGUUUUUUUUAUAAAGAUUGUUAAACUGUGAGAAAAUGUCUUUGUCAUAUUAAUUUGUGGCAAAUGUUCACUGAAUGCUUGUAUUUAACAUGUUUUAUUGAAUUAUCUGAUAUUAACUGUAGGGUGCAAAUACUUUUGUCUGCGACUAUAUAUAAUUUAAUAGAACUGGUUAAUGUGUUUUAAAAGCUAGUGGUAAUUCUGACUAUUAACAGUUUGAAGAAGUUAGAAAUUCAGUUCUGUUCUGAAAAAUGUGACUAUCCCUUACAGAAAAAUAUAUAAUUUCUAAUAUAUGGGCACAUAAUAUAGUUUUGCUUUAACUAAAUGUAUUUCCUGCUAUGUUUUGCCAAAUCUGUUACCAGCUUUAAUGCAUAUUAAUCACAGCUUUAUUUUAUGUUUCAUAGUGAAAUCUGUAGUGCAAUGC